AAACGAUCGAAAUUCGUUCAUAAUUGGUUCUGUGGACCCACACCUACUGGAUUUAAAAUAGGGCACUUUCUUUCUUCUUUCAUGAACGUUGACGCGUGCUGUGAGAAACAAAGAUUCGGUUUCAUUGAUUUGGAUCGUAGGUUUUAGCGAUUUCGAUCAGAAAAAAUGGCAGGUGAAGCGGGUUUGCUCAAAUCCUUGAGGCCAAGGAUUCGUAUCCAAUCGGACGACAUCAAAUCCGCCGCCUUAUGGGGCGUCGCUGCUACCACUACUGCUCUUUGGGUCGUCCAGCCGUUCAAUUGGUUGAAGAAGACCUUCUUGGAGAAGCCAGAGCCCGAGAAAUGAACUGGGUUUUGAUUAUUUUUCUUGUUUAACUCUCUUUACAUCCAUAAAAGAAAAGGCUGAAUUGACCAGACAAUUGAAUAAUGGUGUAGUUUCAUUUUCUUGCUGCGUUGCUAUUUGGGUUACCUAUAUUGCAAUUUUUCUCAUCAUUUGCAAUACUCUACAUUCUACACUUUUACCAUUGAUAAAAACAUUUGUCUCCGGAGAGAGAAUCUCAGCUUUUUAUAUAUAUAUGUAUGUGUGUGUUUGUUUGCA